AUGGUUCUCCAUAACCCAAACAACUGGCACUGGGUCAACAAGGAUGCCUCGGAAUGGACCAGGACCUGGUUAAAGGACACAUUGACCAAGAUUGAGGCGACAGAAGGCGAUGUUUCUGCAAAGAUAACAAACGUGAUCAGCAUGGACGGGGAUGUGGAUGUCAGCCAGAGGAAGGGCAAGGUUAUUACUAUUUAUGAUAUUAAAUUGACUCUAGAGUAUUCAGGAUCCGCUCCUGAUGCUGAGGAUGUUGCUGGAACGAUUACCAUCCCCGAGGUUGCCCACGACACCGAGGAGGAUGAGUUCGUGUUCGACGUCGACAUCUACUCCGAGUCGAAGGAGAAGCAGCCGGUCAAAGAUCUAGUCAGGUCCAAGAUCGUUCCCAAGCUUCGAGAGGAAUUCCUGAAGCUCCCAUCCGCCCUGAUCGCCGAACACGGAAAGGAUAUCCAGCACGCGCCCGGCUCAAACCCUUCGAGCGGCUUCAACACCCCCAAGUACCACCCCCAGACCACCUCCAAGCCUUCCCCUGCGGCGGCGGCGAAGCCCACCACUUCGAGCGGACUUGUAAAUACCGUGACCGUGACCGACACCGACGAGUUCCGAACUACCGCCGACGAGCUAUACCAAACCUUCACCGACGUUAACCGCAUCAGCGCCUUUACGCGAGGUGCUCCCAAGCUCUUCGAAGGCGCCAAGAAGGGCGGCAAGUUCCAGCUCUUCGACGGCAACGUAGCCGGCGAAUACCUCGAACUAGAGCCCCCAACCAAGAUUGUUCAGAGCUGGCGUCUGAACCAGUGGCCCGGAGACCACCACUCUCGUCUCCAGAUCGAGUUUAACCAGAAUGACGUUGACCACGUCACUGUUAUGAGGGUAACCUGGGAGGGUGUUCCCGUUGGUCAGGAGGAGGUUACGAAGAGGAACUGGCGGGAAUACUACGUCAAGAGCAUCAAGCAGACCUUUGGAUUCGGCACGAUCUUGUAG